CGAAAUUCGAUUGGGGCUCUCCAUCAAUGAUCCACUUUUCUCAAGGAAACGCGGUAGCAUCAGCUACUAUUGGAAAUUCAUGAGACAACCCCGUUUGCCACCAUCCACCAGUUGCUCAAUGUUGAGCUCCGCCCAACAAGUAAUUCCAGUCUUUCUCAACCUCUUGCUACUUAAUAGAUGAAGAAUAAGCAGAACUGGAUUGCAUGAGACAGUCGAUUAAUUGUCGAGAAUUAUUUGAUUGUGGGGUAAUGGUGGCUGGUCUUAUGUAAACAAAAACAAAAAAAAAAGAGAAACAGCUUGGUUAUGCUCGAUAGUUGGAAGAAACAGCUCUGAGAAGCAGCCAUGGUGAGGAGAAAAAUUGCUGGAGUUGGCCACUUCCAAGUGGUUGACCGUAGCAUUGAUGGAGAGACAGAAUUCAGAAAGUGGGAUAUGACUUAUGCGCUAUGUCUUCUCUCUGAAACCGGUUCAGUUCCAAAACCUAGACCAGAAGUUGCUGGAGUUGAAGUUCCCCCCACAUCUCAUAGGGUUGUCAGAGGCAGCAUUGGGAAGAAGAGAGUGGAAAGAGUUAUUGUUAUGCCUCUUCCAGAAGGAUCAAAACUUCAUAUGAUGGGAGACUAUGUUCAAGCCACAAUGGACGCCUUUGACGAUCCAAUGGAGCUGCCAUCUGAGCACCAAAGCUGCAGCAGUUAUGUACCUCCACCACAAGCCAAGGAAAGUGCCAAAACCAAGCCGGGAGAGCCACCAUUGAAGUGAACACGUUCCAGCAACAAUGCACCUCAACCGGAAAGAAAACAGAAGGCUAAAGACAACAACAAGAAGUCACCAUCAAAGAGGCAAGCUGAUAACGAUGUAAUUGCACAUAUUUGCGCCCCUAAUUCUUAUCCGUUUGAGGGGCAUAGUCGUGUACUUUUGGCCUAUUUUACGCCGGGUUGUGCUAUUUUGUCAUAUUUCAGGUCCCAUGCGUCAAAGGAAAGGCUAAGCACUAGUUUCGGGGCAUUCGGAAGUCAUUUCGUCGAGCUGGAGCCAAAACACCGGCACACCUAAUUCAUUACACGGCCGUGUUCUCCCAAAGCACGGCCGUGUUCUCUCCAAAACACGGCCGUGUUCUGUGGCCGUGCUUUUACUGCCGAGAGCUAAUUCGAGUUUGGCAAACAUGAGCUGAUUACACGGGCUGAAAGCACGGCCGUGUUCUCCCAAAGCACGGCCGUUUUCUCUCCAAAGCACGGCCGUGUUUCUCCCAAUGCACUGGCCGUGUAAUUAACACUAGCCAAAGCACGGGCGGGCUAAGGCAAAGCACGGCCGUGCCCUCGACCGUGCUUUGGCCUCUGAUGCCUUUUUAAGCAGAUUUUCAGCCAAAGAGAAGGGGAUUCGAGUUUUAGAGAGACAGAGCGAUUCCUAGAGAGAGAAAGCGACGAACAAGAGUCUCCAAGCGCCCUAGAUUGAUCUUCAACGCCAUUGGAGGCCAGUUUGAGCUUGGAGAAGUGUCAAUCAACGUCCAGGAGCAGGAAUCCAUCCUUCACAAUAUGAAUUCCGCGUCUGAUUCUGCUUUUGCUUCUUUCUCCAUGGAGUAGUUCUCCCAUUCAUCUGGGUAUGGAGAACCCUAGAUUUGUAUGUUAGGCUUUGAUUGUAUGAACCCAAGUACUGAUUCUAUGAUUUGAUUAUAUUCGAUUGAGGUUUGAAUGAUUGAAUGAAUUGAAUCCUGAUCAAAUUCCUGUUGUUUCUGCUUUGACCUAGAAUGAGAAUAUCUGCCUAGGUUGAUAGAGCAUCCUUGAUUGAAGGUAGGGAGUUGGUGACUUUAGUCGAGGAGCCAACUCACUAUUCUGUACCGGAUUUACUCCGGUAGUGGAGGUUUUGUUUGUUAAGGCCUCAAUCUGUUUACUCCGGUGGAGGUUAGUCGCCCGCUAGAGACUCAGAUUGAGAGGGUCUGAAGACCUUUAGUCGAGACUUCAGGCUGUUUUAGAACCUUCUGCAGUAUAACUAUCAUAGAAACUGAACUUGGUAAUUACAAUCCGGCUUAACUGCAGUCUAGGGGGAACCAUAUCCGGGUGACAUCUCUUAACCUGAAUACAACAGUUUACUUGCU